AUGAGUAUCUAUGGUAGAGAAUCCACAUAUGGUCCGACAGAAAUAAAGAUGACAUAUGACGAAAUCUAUGAGGAAUGUGUUUUAAAAUCCUCAUGGCCAAAUGUACAGGAGCUAGUCUUAAACGGAUAUCUUGAACUGUCUGAUCAAUAUAUUCAUCAGCAUUUAGGAAAUAUCAGCAAAAUAAAAGUUACAGCCUGUGAUCUGGACGAUAUAUAUGUUAGUUCAACACUGAAGUUACCGAAAAUAAAUGAAGUUUAUAUACAAUGUUGGGGUUGGAAAUCGACUGGAAGUUUUAUGUCACCAGUUUAUCAAUUACUUUAUUCAACAUCGAAUUUGAGAAUAUUACAAGUCCCUCCUCCUUUGUUGUACAAUUGGUUGGACUAUCUUAACAAGAAUAAUAUUGUUUGUCCGUUCAAAACCACCUUGUGUCAAUUGACUAUUACCCGUUAUCUAAAACCAUUGAAUAUUGAAGAUAUUGUUCUGUAUUUUCCAAAUCUCGAACUACUAAAAGUACUCUUCUAUGAGCCACUAUACAGAGAUGAUGUUGAAUUAGCAGCCGAUGUAACUAGAAAUUUAAAAUACAUACUUGGCAAACUCUUACCUUAUUUUUCAACAAAUAGAUUAUCAUGUUUAUCCCUUGGCCUUCACUUACAUGCUGGUAAUUGUGAUUCCUCUCAAAUACUACCAUUUGUCGAAAAUCUAUUAGAAAACGAAAAUGGUUUUACAAACAGCAUGUUGCAUAUUCAAGCGAAUUUUGACUGUCUUGUUCUAACUCGCAAUCACGAUUAA